GGUGAAGCCAGAGCCGGACCGGUGAACUGGUGAACUGGUGAACGUGUGGGGAUCACGUCGCGCCCGUAACCGGCACGUCAUCGCGGGAUGUGUGUAAACCGCGUUUUAUGUCGGUAACGUUAAGGCGGCCGGGCUGUUCCGCCGUCACACGAGCGAGGCGAGCUUCAUGUUCACCUGCCUGUUUUUCCAACUCUCCGUUCUACCUUAAAUGCCUCCGGCGCCUGCAUAUAACUGCUGCACCAUUUAAGGUGGAACCGAGAGUUCGAGUGAAACGCCGUAUCCGAGCGACGCGGUAUCCAGGCAACCGAGCGACGCGCUGACGGGAGCUGAUCAAGAGGCGCGCGGCUCCGCUUCUGUUAAUGAUUAAUAAUUAUAAUAAUAAUUAGAGAGACGAUGUACAGCAGAGCUCCCAGAGUGACGCAGCUCAGCGCGGGAGGAUCAACCAGCAGCGCCGUGGGGCCGGGAGCUUAUCACAUCCACGGCGUGAACAGCAGCAGCAGAGCACAGGACAGUUACGCUCCGUUCCUGUCGCUGUCCAGUCGGCCGUCUGUGUUCGAGUCUGUGGGUGCCUUUUCUCCCGGUCCCGGUCACUACAACAUCGGGGUCAUCAGGGCUCCAGUACCUGGAGGUCAGUCCCUACAGAACCGUUCUAGACGUUUUGAGGAGCUUGAGUCAGACGUGCCGGGUCCAGGAACGUAUGACAUCACCCAGACUGCGGGACCCAAACCUGGCCCCCCCUCCCUCACAGAGCGCAGCGGCAAGCAGGUGCGGUUGUUCCGCUCCGAGGCUCCCUCCAUCCCCUCCCCCGGACAGGCGUUCGGCUUUGAGGAGGAUGAAUGCGGCGCCCUCUGCAGGCAGAAACCUCCGAACAGUGAUCACACGCUGGGUCCAGCGUACUACAGUCCAGCUCAGACUGAACGGAGGUUUAAAGGUGUUCCCUUUAGUCAGAUGACGGAGAAGCGGGUGGAGCUAAAGGUGACACAAGGUCCUGGACCAGGUCACUACUGUCCAGAGGAGGAUCACUCUGUGCACUACGAGAAUGUAAAUAUGAAGAGGGCGUUGUGCAGUCAAGUGGCCCUGCAGGUCCCCAGAUAUCACCAAAUACUCACACUGCAGGAGGAGAAGAAGGGUGUUCCUGGUCCUGGUCAGUAUGAUGUUAAAGGUCACUUUGAGAAACUCACUGAACCCCCUGCUGUGUCCAGACCACCAUUCCUGUCUCAGACUCUGCGCUUCAGUCCAGUGAAGCAGGUGGCGCCCCCUGUGGGCUCUUACAAUGACCCUCGUGGCGCCCUUGAGAGCCUGAAGAAGCCCAGCGGCCUGACGAGGAGUCCAUUCAGCCUCACAGCAGCACGAUUCACACCAGAUAGCAAAAAGAGCAGCACACCAGGGCCUGGAGCGUAUGAGGUGUUUGAUCUGGGUCUGGCCCGGGACAGUCAGAAGAAAGCACAUCUGGAGAGCUUGAGGAAGGGCGGCUUCGGCUCCAGCGCAGAGCGAGCACUGCAGUUUACCAGCAAAGCACAACCCAUUCCAGGACCCUCACACUACACUGUGCAGCAGGAGACGGAGGAGCUGUACAAGCAGCAGCCCACAGCGGCGUUUAGAUCCACCUCAGACAGACUGACCACGGCGCGGCCUGCUAAAGACACGCCCCCGGCCAGCUGCUAUAAUGUGCGGGAGGCGUUUGAGAGGGUGUGCGGUCAGCGACGGCACGGUAAACCCCGCACUGACGCAGCGCGCAAGCGACACAACUCGUUUCUAAGCUCUGCCCCCAGAGGCUCCUCCUUCCUCCAUCCUGACAAACACAUGCCAGGUCCUGGCCAGUACAGUCCAGAGCUGAAGGCCACUCCUAAACUCGCUCUGAUUGGCUCUCAUGAGGAUCGCUUCAAACAGGCGAACACCACAACACCUGGACCAGGAACAUACACGUUGAGUCCAGCUGUUCUAGACACUGUUCUGAAGGGAACCUUUAAUGUGACCCUUCGGAACCCACUGGUGUCACAUGCUCAGGCUCCACCCCCACAGGCUCCAAUGGCAAUGCCCUUUGCCUUCAGCAGUGCCUAAACCAGGUGGAAGACUCUGAUGAUGGACUGAACUCGGACUCACUCUGCAGCAAUAAAGACCGAGCGCUUCUGA